AUGGAUCUCGACGGGAAAUCGUCGUUCUCGUCGCUUUCAGUUGUCUCGCAAGAUGCUAGCCAUCCAUCCUCUCUGUUUUUCGCCAAGGGUCAGUCCGAUGCCUCGCUCGGUCCUUUGGCCAGCGAUACCCCUGUGAAAUGGCAAGCAGCGCAUCGAGAGUUUCAAUUUAACAGCAACAGCACACCGUCCAAACCCACUGCUUCAGAUCCGCUAGAAGAUCCGGCUCGCAAGCUUUUGCGUAAGCGCCGCGUAGCCAGAAGCACGCUUAGCGGUGCCACGCCAAGGUUCAGAUCUAACUUACAGGAAUCAACCACCAAACUCGAUCUUCUGGAUGAUCAGAAGCUCACAAGCCUGCCUAUUCCGCCCCCAGUUGAAGAAUGUCGAAAUCGUAAAGUGCCUUAUAAUCUGACCAAUGAAGCUCAACUUCGCAUUCAUGCGGAUAAUAGGCGUUUUAGCGUGGAUCCAAGACGUGCGCAGCAAAGCGACAGCGAUGAUUCCAAUGAAAGCCGUCCGCCCAUAGUCUUGGUGGAAGACUAUAUUCCGGACAAUUCUAAACGACUAAAGUUUGCCAAAAGUAAGGUCUCCAUCUCAGAUCUGAAGGCUAAGGUCCACGAAAGCAAGCUCUCAAAACUUCCCAUCAAAUACAGAACGAAUCGGUUACUGUCGACCACGUCUUCACUUACCUUAACACCUCAUGUCAAGGAAACUGACCCAUUCGCCAAUAUGGGCAUGAUUGAAGAAAGCUCUUCAUUGCAAGGAACUGACCGACAUUCUGCGAGAUCUGAUCGAACUGCGGUCACGGAUAUUGAGCAGAUUUUAGGAGCAAUCAUGAAGCGUAAUGACGACAAUGAUCGGUAUCUUCAGAGUUUAGACUUUGAACAUAAAGUCAAAGGUUGUGUCAUUUGCGAAAAGCCCUUGCACGAGAUCAGCUCACUGAUUGAAGGACGCCAUUUUCGCGAGAUAGUUUGUUCUUGCUGUACUCUCAAAUACGAAGAGACAGCAAAGCUGUUAGAGGACUACGAGUUUGAUACAUCCUCAGACUCCAUUAACAAUUCGCAGGAUUAUAGCAUGGGGAGUGAAGGGUCGCUAAGAGAGGCACAGGAGGCACUGCCGAUGAAUUUCAAGAGGCACAAUACAGGCCAAUUUUCUUCACAUCUCAUCAACAGACUACAAUUACAAUUACAAUUACAGCAUAAGACGGGCCCGCAUAGCGACAAUAAAGUAGUAGAUUCAAAAACAAUGAUCUGGUUCAUCGAGGCGAAAAGGAAGCUCAGGUGGAGGUGGGGAGCAAGCGGCUUGCUCCCACAAUUUCUUGCUGGUAAAAGAAAUAUAUGA